AUGGAGAAUCCCAAAUCUGGCAUCGGAAAACGACGGCUGAGACGUAAUAAUGUGGGUGACGAACUUCCAGCGGAUAAAAACGGGAACAUGGAGGUUGAUAAAUUGCACAGUUGGAAAGCUCAAGGUGAGGAAAGCUCGAUCGACAAACCAAGCGUUAUAGCAGAGCAGGAUGGCUCACAAGGUGUAGAUGAUGUGGGAGAACUGCGUCUUUUAGCGAGAGAACGCUAUUUGAAGGAUCGAGAAAAGCUCAAAUUAGAGGUUUUGAAGCAGGAGUUGGCUUACCAGGAAGAAGACAUCGUUUCUCGUGGAUGGGAUGCUCUGAGUAAAUCGGAACAGGAUGAAAUACAGCUAAAGCGGGAGCUGGUUGCUCUUGUUCAAGACCGCGAAGCACACGGUCAGGAAAGUGGAUUCAGGCUACAAAGUGACUACAUUGACGAGGAGGGACGCCUCGAUUCGGAAAGGAAAAAGCAGCUCCUGCGGCGGAAAGAAGUCUUUGGAGUAGAAGAGAAAAGCCGACAGCAAGUUUGGGAAGAGCAGCAGCUAAAACAUGCCUUGCAAGCUUCGAACGACUCUAAUGAAAUUCGAGUUGAAGGGUCCGAAGACUACGAUUUUGUAUUUGACGAAGAAGCCAUGAUUGAAUUCACCGCUGGCGACGACGAGAGUGCACUUCCGGAGACACACAGCGAACUUGAUCAAAAAUUAGUUGAGGAACUCGAUCGGGAACAGACAAGGCUGCAAAUUAUUCACGAUACGCGGAAAAGCUUGCCUGUUUACAAGUUCCGGAAUCCGCUUCUCAGCGCCAUCAGAGAGCACCAGGUAUUGAUCGUGGUUGGUGAAACAGGGUCGGGAAAGACCACACAGCUUCCACAAUAUUUGGUGGAAGAGGGAUUCACACAAGGCGGUAAAUUCCAAAUCGCAUGUACGCAGCCGCGUCGUGUUGCAGCAACAUCGGUUGCAGCCAGAGUCGCAGACGAAAUGGACGUAAUUUUGGGAAAGGAAGUUGGAUAUUCCAUCAGGUUCGAUGACAAGACUACGCUUGAUACCACGAUACUCAAAUACAUGACGGAUGGUAUGCUCCUGCGAGAAUUCAUGACCGAUCCCGAGUUAAAAAAAUAUGCAUGCAUUAUCAUCGACGAAGCCCACGAGCGAACGCUAGCUACUGACGUGUUGUUGGGUCUACUGAAAGACAUUUUGCCUCAUAGGAAGGAUUUGAAGUUGAUUAUUUCCUCCGCGACAAUGAACGCGGCCAAAUUUGCAGACUUCUUCUACGACGCUCCUAUAUUCAAUGUUCCAGGUCGCCGUUUCCCUGUUGAUAUUCAUUACACCCUACAGCCAGAAGCCAAUUACCUGAAUGCUGCAGUCACAACAAUUUUCCAAAUUCACACCACGCAACCGGCCCCCGGUGACAUCCUUGUGUUUCUAACUGGUCAAGAGGAGAUUGAAGCAGCGCAGCAAAGUCUCGAGGAGAUAGCACAUGUUUUGGGGUCAAAGAUCAAACCACUUAUAAUCGCUCCGAUUUAUGCCAAUCUGCCUCAGGAACAACAAUCUAGAAUUUUUGAACCAACUCCGACCGACUGUCGAAAGGUUGUGCUGGCUACAAAUAUUGCCGAAACUUCCCUGACCAUUGAUGGAAUCAAGUUCGUUAUUGACCCUGGGUUUGUGAAGGAGAAUUCCUAUAUUCCAUCGACGGGUAUGUCACAAUUGUUAACGGUACCGUGCUCUCGAGCUUCUGUAGACCAGCGAGCAGGUCGUGCCGGUCGUGUGGGGCCUGGUAAAUGUUUCCGGAUCUUUACCAAGUGGUCGUACUAUCACGAACUAGAACUCCUGCCCAAGCCAGAAAUAUUGCGCACCAAUUUAUCGCAAGUGGUUUUACUUUUAAUGUCAUUGGGCGUCACUGACCUUCUUGAUUUUCCCCUGCUGGACAAACCAAGUAUACCUGCACUAAGCAAGGCAUUGGAAAACCUGUAUACCUUGGGAGCACUGAACAGUAAAGGCGCCAUAACAAGAUUGGGCAGGAUGAUGUGCGAGCUUCCAUGUGAGCCUGAAUUCGGUAAAGUGCUGCACAUUGCUGCCACACACGAUAGUUGCAAAGGUUCUUUGGAGGAGGUUAUCACUAUCGUUGCAAUGCUUCACGAAACGGCGUCCGUUUUUGUACAGGGAAAGGCCGACCGGGAUCAGAACAAAAGCGGUAUAAUAGGAAAGGUUUCAAGUGACCAUAUGCUUUACUUGGAGACAUAUAACAAUUGGAAAGAUAUGAACUACUCAAAGUCUUGGUGCUUUGAUCACAAGGUUCAGUUCAAGACUCUAGUUAGGGUGCGCAAUAUUCGCGACCAACUGUGGCGAUGCUGUGAUAAUCUAGGUUUGGUAGCUGUGAAUGAUCAAGCUUCUAAGACUUUAGGAAAUUUGGAAAAUCUCGAACCACGAAUUAUCAAGAGCUUCAUUGCAGGUUUUCCUAGCAAUAUCGCAAAAUUGGGAACCUCCGGCUAUCACACUAUGGGAGCACGUCAGGGUGGGGUCGAUGUGAGUGUUCAUCCCACCAGCAUAGUGUUCCAGGCUCUGCGAAAAGAUAUGGCGAAGCCUUCGAAGUUUAUACUGUACCAAAGGUUGGUUUUGACAUCGAGGGAGUUCAUGAGAGACUGCGUGCCAAUUCCACGCGAAGAGUGGCUCAAUGAGAUGGUCCCUCAUUUUUUCAAGUCUGUCAACCGCCAGCGUAGCUAG